UUUCCCCAUCUUGUGCAUUUUUGGAGUCCUUAGCAAUGCACUUGCGGCUUCUGUCUCUCAACUGCUUUUGAACUAGUGUGGCCCUCACCGCUGAGCAGCACAUCGCCCGUGAGCUGCCCGGAGGAAAUUUUAGUCGGGAAGUACGGUUUCUCUAUAAUUGUGUGAAAUUGUGUGAAUUGUGUGAAAAAGCCACUACUUGCUUUUCUGUAAGAAUGAAGAUUAAGCUAGAUGUGCUCGUCUCUACGUGUAUCAAGCAAAGAAAACCAUGGCCUCGCGUAUCAUGGGUUGGACAGGAAAAAGAGGCUGUUUUUCUUCUAGAUGGUAAACAUAUAAAUGAAAUUAACCUGGCAUCAGGGAAGACGAAGAAGAAAAUCCCUUCUCUGCAGUCAUUGUUGAAAAAUGUGGUUGUCUUAACAACAUCAGGAAAUGCUGCUUGGUUGGCAGGAAUACUUACAACAGGAGAGCUCUUUCUUUGGAAUAAAGAUCAGGACUGCUUGAAAAUUGUACCAUCAAUCGAAGAAUCCAAGAAAGUAGUAGCAGCAGCACAAGAGUGUUUAAUGAGGUUGUACUUAUAUGUAUCUGGAGAUGGCAGAAAGAUACUGUUAACUACUCCUACAUUGUGUGCCUUUUUGUGGGAGAACAUAGAACAUGAAAAUACAGCCUCUGGUAAAAACUCUCCUUCUGGGCGUUGGACACAAAUUUUACCAGAAGAAUCAGUCAUACUGCCUUCUACUGAAGAAAAAGAAAUUGGAGUGGAUGCUGCUUUUGUACACAGUGAGGUACUAGGUGAUUGCUGCUUGUGUUCCUUUGUUUUUUACUUUGGCAAGUGUUUGGUGCUCACAUUUUUGACUCUUCGAUGGCAUGAAAAUGCCUUUAAAAAUGCUUGUUCUUUGCCAUACCAGAUCCAGUGGGUACAGCAGACUUGUUCUCUUGUUAAUUUGGUUCCUCAGUGUGAGUCUGUAAAGUCAAGAGGAGCUCUUCUAUGUGCAUUUGCAAGAGAUGGACUUCUGCUUGCAGUAGCUGUAAAUCAAACUGAUCCAAAGGCAACUCAGGUUUUGUUUUUAAACACAUUGAAUUUUGUAACUAUUUCGGGUAGCCUUAAAGGUUGUAGUAGCAAGAAUAGCAUUAUCCCAUCCAGGUUCAUCAGAUCUUACUGGGUUGGCGAUAUGAGUUGGACUCCUGAUAGCCUUUUCUUGGCUUGCAUGUUAAAACGUGGAUGUUUGGUUUUAUUGACAUGUAUGGGGGAAUUGCUGACCUUAAUUGCCUCUGGAUGCUCUGUAGAAUUUGGACCAGCACAGUUUAUUCCAUUUCAUCCACUAAUAACAUACAGACAGCACCACUCUUCUUGUCGAGAUUCCAGCCAGUCUCUUGGUUCUUCACAUUCUGAACGUGAUCUCAUGAAACAGAAAUUCUCUGUGGCUUCACAUUCACGACUGCCCUACCUCAUUGUCUCUGAUGGAUACAUGAUAACACUGCUAAGAUUUCCCAACAGCUUCUCACCAUCAGGGUUUAUAAGAUCCCUUUUGCUUGAUUCAGCCCAACAGCUUGAAAAUAUCUGUCAGAAUUUGCUGAACUUCAAGUGUAAAGAGAGGUCUCGGUACUUACGAUCACUGUUGUCUUUAAAAGCUAGUCUUUUAAAACAAGUUCAAACCCAAAAUUCUAUCUUUUCUACCAUUCCAAGAUUCCUGGAGGAGGACACAACAGAAAUGAACCAGAAAACCAUGGAUUUACUGGACCAUGAAGAAGAAUCAGACAAUGAGAAGCAGUUUUACAACAGCACUUCGAGCUUCUGUAACCAAAGAAUCUAUUCAUUUGUUGGUAAAGCUGAUGAGGGCUGCUUAGAAUUCGCAUCAAUGUUUGAUACCAUCCAUGCAGAAGAUGAUAUUGAAGAGAAAGAUAAAUCAUCGUUGGAACUAUAUUCCAUUCAGAAAAAACUUCUUGCUGCAUGGCAGAUAGGGAUUUCAAAAAAUAUAGAAGAGAAAGGUGCCUUACUGAAUUACACAGUGAACUGCAUUAUCCAUUUUUUCAGCAUUGUUCACUGUAUGAAAUGCACUUUGCUAAGCCAGGAUGAAUCUAUAAACAAGUCUGUGAAGAAUACUCAAUGGAUGCGUUGUGUCCUGAAGUAUUUUCAGCAGUGUUUGACUGUCUUGUACUGGCAUUCAAGAGCCAGUGUGACUGGGCAUGUAGCAAAGCUAACAUUAGAAACUUUAAAACUGAUGCUUAUACAGCAACAAGAUCAGUUGUUUUCAAAAAACCUUUUGGCAUGCUUCUGUCUUCUGAAAAUGGUUUCUCACACCUUAAGCAGAGUGUGUGUGCUACAGUAUGAGAAUUUUUUUGCAUCUCCUGACAGUAAUAUUCUUGUGGAACUUGACUCCCUCACUGUGCCUCUUUUCUUAGUUCUUGAUGACAAUACUACUCAUCAGUUCAGCUCACUGAAUUCUCUGCUUAGAGAAUGUCCUCAAGUAAACUAUGACGCAAAAACAGAAAAAAGGUUGGCUGUACUAUGGCGACUAUUGUAUAAGAAAGUGGUUUGGUAUCAGGUGCAGCUGAAAAGAAAAGUGAACAAGAAUUCAGAAGAGGCUUCUGUUGUCUCACUGCUUUUAAGUCAUAUACAAGCAACCAUCCAGUCUUCAGGAGCGACAUUAGAACAGCAUCUGAAGAUUAAUUCUGUACCUGGUGAGGAGCAGUUCCUUUUAGGCUCAUACAGAGAAUCUGUGGACAUUUGGAAAAGAUCUCUUUGUGAACUCAAGACAAAAGGAGGAAAAAGAGCAUGUUUUCUUCAGUGUAGAUACUAUCUUGCAAUAUUGUUUUGUCACCUGUAUCAGUAUAAUAUGUGUGAAGCUCAGGGACUCUGUGAUCAUCUGGUAAGAGAGAUUCUAAGGCGAUCACACCUUUCCACAAGACACAUGGAAAAGUUUUCUGAUAUCAAGUAUUUUCAGCAUGAACUAUGGAUAGUAACCAGCAUUCCUACUGACACUGCCUUGGCUGUGAUUCGAUCCAUGGCACGAUUCAUGGCUGCUUAUUUCACAAAGCAGCUGCUCUAUAUCUUCCCCCCCCACAAUGUUGACAUCCUUCAUCCACUUCACAUCAAACAAGACUUACCUCCUCGUGUCAUUCCCCUGCAACACUGUUUGGUUACCAGAGCUGUCAGGGACCAGAACCUUUCAUCUGUGUGGACAGCUGAAUAUGCUCUUGAUUUGUUCUUUAUUGGUGGACUCAUUCCAGAGGCUGUGUGGUUUUCACACACGCUUGGGGACUGGAAGCUGUCUGUUUCAAUUGGUCUGGCCUACCAGCUAUAUUAUCAGAACUCUGAUGAGUUCUCAAGAAUGAAAAAACCAGAAUGUCAACUGCCAUUAAGCUUAUUACCAAUGCAGACUUUUCAGGAAAAGUUACAGUCUUUGCUAGGACAGCCAGUAACUUCUGAAACAUCAGGACAUAUUAAAUACAAGAAGUUCACAGAUCCCAUUGAAGAGGAAGAUGCAGAUGUUCUUUACAGUUCAAUACAGGAACUACUGAAAGCAGCUGUUAUGGCAGAUGUUGAUAUUCUCUCAGAGACAUUUCAGCUUUUGAUGGAUUCUGCCAGGGAUCUUUGCAGAAAGUUUUAUGGUUUGGUUCCAGUUGGGCUCUGUCUUCCAGCACCACCAUUGUACUGUCCUCAACCAGCUUCACUCAGUGAUGAAGACAGCGAUGACAUUCUUUUAAAAAUGGAGAAAGAAGUCCGCCAGAAAGUGUCAGGAGUUCUUCAGAGAAUUAUCUUGCUCUUCCGGGCUGCUCAUUGUUCUUGCUCUGCAGCACAGUGGUAUAUUACACAACUGAAGUGGGCUAGAAAAGUUAUGCAGAAAAUUCGAAUGAAAGGUUCUCUUCCUUUGCUGAGUCCCUUCCCAGAGACUUUGCUUCGUUAUUGCAAUUUCUGCACUGUUCUCUAUGGAUCUACAUCUUCUGGAGACCAUCAGUUUGAUGACAUUACCUGUAAAAUUUUAGGGUGGUUCAGAGAGUUCUGUGCGUUAUGUUGGAUGUUUCAUGUUCGUGAAAAAUUAUCUGACAACUGUAGGCGGUACCAAACUGCAAGGGAAAAUAUUAACAAUAUCAAGGAUUCAGAUGGAUAUGAUGCCUACACAGUUGAGCAUUGUCUGAAUGCAGUAGAGUGGGCUUGUCGAAUGCUUCCUUUCUGCAGAUUCAUGAAUGUUGAAGAAUUAGUUCAAGAUGUAAUUUUGAGUCUGCUUGGGGAGUUGCCACCAGUAAAAAAGGUGGCAGAGAUUUUUGUAAAAGCAUUUCCUAAUCCUGAAGAUAUAAGAGUUUCAUUAAGAGAUAAAUAUCAUGGACUUCAGCAGCGACUCAGACAGAGUACUGUUAAAGUAGGUCCUGAAAGCGAAGAAAUGAUGUCUGUUGUUAUACAGGCUGCUGAAGAAGUGAGAAAGAAGGCCUUGAGACGUGUAGUAAAGAACAUAGGCCCUAUAGAAAUUAAUAUUUGGGAGCCAUUAGAAGAGGGAACAUCAAAUGAUGAGGAGCACUGUUAUGACAGAUUCUCCCUAGGCACUAGUCUAAGCACAAGCACAAUUACUGAUGUUGGGAAUCCUCAGGUACAUAGUGAUGCAGACACACUUUCUGAUGCUUUGCUUAAUGAAGGAACAACACCUGAAACACUUUCAUUCCCAAGGGAAAAUGAACUCCAACGACAAAAGGAAAUAGAUAGCAAAAAUACUACACACAAGAUAGAAGCUCCUAACUGUAAAACAAAACAUAAAGACAAAGUGUGUAAGAGAGACACGUCUAAUCAAUGUAAUUUGCCUGUAGUUGGUGCAUGGGAAUUUGAACGUGAUGACGAUGAAUAUGUUAGAUUUUUAGAACUCUUUUUGAGUUAUGUUCUUGAGAGAGACCUGAUAAAGUACAGUGACCUUGGAAUUCCAUUUCUCACUAGCUUUUCUGGGCUGCUUCAAGAGCAUGAAUUGAACUCUCUCUUUUUUGAUGUUCACACAACACUAAAACGGCGACAAAACAAAACUAGGAGUCAAAGUGUGUUUAGAGCGGGGUCUUGCUAUACUAUCACCCUGGCGUCUUGUGAUCCUGAAAAAGGGUCUGCCUGUAAUGAAAACAAAAAUAUUUUGGAAAACCCAACAAUUGUACAGUCUGUUGGACAGACCACAAAAACUUCUGUGUGUAACCUAACAAAAGGACAUAAAGAAGGCUUAUUUGGUUUAAAAUACAAGGCAAUAUAUAGAGCUCAGACUGACAGUCAAGGAGUCACUGUUGCACAAACAAGCCAGACCUUUCCUAACCGUACUUCCUCUACCCUGCAAACUCAGGCAAUUUCUAAAUACAUUUACAAAACUCUUGAUGUAGUUGGUAUUGUACCAGCAGAAGAACUGCCUAUAGAAUUGAUGGGCAAGUUCAGCAAUAUUUCAAAAUUGCUGGAGUGGAUGAUCAGAUGGUCCGAUAAAAGACUGCUCUGUGGUUCCAAUAAACGAGGUUCCUUAGAAGAGACUCUCCCAAUGGUACAUUUGAAAACAUCAUCAGCAGCUGUCCUUACAUCUUUAUGGUUGUUAGAACAGUUAUACAGAGACAGAUUUCAAACAAGGAGCAUAAAAUUUGAGCAUCCAGAAGAUCAGUAUCUGAAAGAAAUUGCAUCUGUAUCAGAAGCCCAGUCUAAAACAGUGGAAGAAAGCAGUAUGGAUGAAGGCUCUUCCACAGUGGCCAAUUCCCCUCUGGAUGUCCAGAUCAUACAAGUUUAUGAUGAUCUUUGUGGUGAUUUGGGCAGAAUGUCUGCAAAGUCAAAAUAUUUUUAUAAGAAGGAAAUUAAUCAUGGAAAUAGUUCUGUGCCUCAUAUAACUGAAGACCUGAAUGAAGUGGGACCAUUUGUUCAGCAGGAGUUGGCUGUAACAACAGAACAAGACGUCUUUGAGGAGCCAUAUGAAACUUCAAGGAGCUCCAGUAUUUCUGUCAAGAUCAGACCUGUAGAACACCAAAGAGAACAGGGUGCUAUCCCAUGGGACUCUACCAAUCAGAUCCCUGAAGAGGCCAAAGUCUACUCUCCUGAAGUGAAGGUUGCCAUUUCAGCAGUAGAUAGUGCUCAAGAAGGUCAAAAUGUGGAAGAAACAAAGGAAGAAAAGGCUGAACAGAAUAUUAGUGCAGACAUUUCUGUAAGCAGAUCUCAGCCUUCUCAGACUACUGUGUCAACUAUGCCAAGUCUUGCCUCCCAUACUUCUUCUUGUGCAAAGAAGCAAGAAGUCAAGGAAGAAGUCCCUAGAGAAGAGAAACCAAACACAUCAGAAACUGUCAGGCAGAUACUGCAAGAUGAAAUGUUUAAAUUAGUUCAGCUGCAGCAGAUCAACUUCAUGAGUCUAAUGCAAAUAGUGCAGUCGUCCUUUACCAAUGUGCCAAAUGUGCAACAAAUGUUACAGCAGCAUCAAUCGGUUCACCUGGCAGGGAUCCAACCUGCACCCACUGCUCAAAGCAAUGCUUCUCCAAAAACACAAGUGCCCACUCAAGAAGAAAAAGGAAAAACUGGUCAAGAGAGCUCUGUUUUUCAGCCAUGGGAGAGUCUAGAAGAUGAAAGCAACAAUGACCAAAUAAAAAAUCAUCUGGAUAUGAGUGCGUCUUUGACAUUAUUUGAAAGCAACAGCAAGGAAACAGGAUUAAUGCCACCAUCCCAAGAUUUGCAUUCUUCAGUGCCUACUAAACCACUUCAUCUUCUAGCUCCUUCCUCAGGCAUCCAGAAAAAAAUGAAGCUUAUCCCUGUUGAAAAAAAAAUUAGUUAUUCAAAUGGAUUUCCUUUGCUUAAGUUUCAAUCAAAUUACCAUGUCAAACCAGCAUUUCUGCAUCCAACAGAAAUGUCAUCAGCAUUUGCCAGACCACCAGCAGUACCACGAAUAGCUUGGAGUUCAUCAGAUUCCUUACGGAACCACCAGUCAUCAUACCCACCAAGAAAGAGCAAAGCGGAAGAGGAUUUCCACCGAAGUAGAUACAACCAUGAGAUUCCAGGAGAAAUGCAUAAGGAAAAGGAGAGAUGGGCAGAAGCAGUGCAUGAGGGACCUCUCAAACAUCUGAAUUCAGAUCAAUGUGAAGGACAGCAAGAAGAUUUACCUCAGCCUCAGUUCCCUGCAAAUGUCAAUGUGUUCAGAGCACCGACCACUCAGAACCUGGCUGGUAUUCCACUGCUGCACUUGCAACUUGACCCAGUACCUGGAGUUCCACCAGCUGUAAAGCAGCCAAUCACUACUACUUUAAUACCUGUUAAACCUGCAACAAAGGAUGCUGACUCCAGAGAAACACUACAACAUGCAGGAAUAUCACUACUUCAGAUUAAUUUACCUCAGAAAAAAAAGGCACCAAAACUCAUCCCACUUCAAGAUCUCAUUGCAUUUGAGCAACGCCACAAGCAUUAUUCUGUGCCCAGUACUUCCUUUGGACAAGACCAAACCAAACAUAUCCAGCUACUAAGAACUGAUGUUGAACCAUUUGAACUUAGAGAUGUGCGGAACACUAGAAAAAGUAAAAAGAGGCGUAGUAAGAAACAACUGAAAGAGAAGGAGGUUGAGAAGAAACCAAGCGUGUCCUUCCGUCCAGACGACUCCAUCAUCAGUAUUAGUGACACUGCAGUGGUUGCUGAAUCAGAGACUGGGGAUCACAAACCAAAAUCAACAUCUGACAUUCAAGAUGGUUUUUUCAUCUCUGUGGAUGCAAUGGAGAAGGCAAGUACUACCUCAGCAGAUCUACAUUAUUUGGCUUCUGUAGGGAAAAAACCAGCAGAAACUCAAGAUGCAAGUACAAAUACUAGCCCAGUGCUCAAAUCAUAUCAAGAUCAUGGAAUCAAUGGUGGAAAUGAGGCUUCUGAAGUUCUGAAAAGCAAGCUGGUAACAGCUGCUCCUGCAUCAGAAUCAUCUAGCUUCUCUGUGAUACCACCGCCAGACAUGUGUUUAAACUUGAGUUUCCCCACCGAAGUGAAUGAGGAACCUUUGCCAUCCUUUCUGUCAGAUGCACCUGAUUUGCAUAAACAGGAAUAUAUCAGUGUGAUUGACAUUGAAAGCAGUGGCAUCCAUAGCAAUUUGCUCAUGAUAUCUGAGUCUGCAGAAGAGGUAGCUGCUGCACAGCGGAAUGAGAAGCUUGAAAUUCCAUCUACUGCUAAACUUCAUCACGCAGCAGCUUCUGUUACUAACGCAGGGGCACCUGGGGCACUUCAGAAGCAAGAUGUUCAUCAGAAAAAUGUAUUGAACAAAUUGCAAAAGCAAGAUGUGUUAGAUUCUGCUACGGAUAUUGUAACUUGGAACAUAGCACAUGAAGAUGGAGGAACUCUUCCUUCUUCAGGGCUUCCUUCCAAAGUAAUUGAAAAAGACUACUUUUCCACAAAGCAGAAGGAAAUGAUUAUGCAACUACAGACACUACAGAACAUAGUACAAAAUAUGGAGCAGGAUUUCAGGAAUAGCAAAAUGUUAGUGAAGCUGAUAGAAGAUUUUGAAAUGGCUGCUGAUUCAGACCUUGGUGCUCGUCCUGCAGUCUCUGAAGCUGCUGGAGUCAUUGGUGCUGAAUCAGAACAUCAUUUGACAGGCAUGAUUUUUGAACAUAUUAUAGAUGAUCAAAAGGAGAGCUUAAACUUGGAAUAUCCUAUGACCAGUUCUGCUACAGUGGAUGCACACUCUCCUGCCUCUGCAGCCUUGGCUUCUAACUCUCCCAGUGGCCUGAAGUCACCUUCUGGUUCUCACAUAUGCAGAGAUCUAUGUCCUGGCUCUCUAGAAGAUCCCCUGCAAAUUACUGGUCUGAGUGACGUUACUGAUGUGAAGGAUCGUGUGGUAGAAAGUGACACCUCUCUGUUGGAGCUGGGUUUUGCGAAAGGACAGGCUAAGAAAAUCUCAAGGGUUCUUGAUUCUGCUUCUGGGCAUUCUCAAAGAACAGAAAAGGAGAGGAAAGAGAUACAAACAUGGAUGAAAAGAAAGCAAAAGGAAAGAAUGAGAGAAUAUUUGAAGAAACUGGAUGAACAAAGACAGAAAGAACAUCAUCCAUUCAACUUGAGAAAGAAUAUGCAUCAUAGUCCUACUUCAAAGGAUAUUAGAGUCUUCCAGAAGAAAAAAGAAGAAAAAGACAAAGCCCUGUUGUCUGAGCAUCACAGAAUCAGAAUAUCACAGGCAUUUUCCCUGAUGAAUGAAAUGUUAUCUGAAACACUGGCAUCACCAGCAAGUGAUCACAAAACAUUGUCCAGCACAAGAUCACCUCAAACUUACAGAAGGAGGAAUGUGGCAUCUAGUACAGGAGGGCAUCUGAACAGUCCUGUUCUGGCAGAAAGGAGCAGCAGAAUUGCUGCCAAGCCUGGCUGUGGUCAAAAAGUACAACAUUUCACUCCAGCUCUUGGUUUAACACAGUCCAGAGGAAAUGCCUCUAUGCUCCUUCCGAAAAGUACCUCCAGAAGAAGGCUGAGAAAUGCUACAAAUUGUCCUGUUAAAUCCAGACACUCUGCUGAGUGCAGAGUCAGCAGAAGCUCAACAAAAAAACCUCCUCAAGUUGCCACUGCAGUUCAGACAGAAGGUGUUGAUCUUGACACUGAUCGAGACGUGGUGAGUCCGUGGACUGUGCCUGAUGAUAUCCAAAGAAUACUUCAAGAUACUUCUGACUCCAUGUUCCAGGGCUCUGCAGUGCACGGCAUGAGUUUCUCUCCUCUCGGCAGUAUCAACACAGACAGUGUUUCUGAAAGCACAGGGAGCAUCCUCAGCAAGCUGGACUGGAAUGCAGUAGAGGCUAUGAUAGCAGAUGUGGAAGACAAGUGAAUAUCCUCAUACACUGUUCUCGUCCAGACAGUUGCUGGUGUUUAGGUUUUGUUUUUUAAAAAUAGUACUUGUUCUUCUUAAAAUGGAUUGAGGCCUGCAUUGGUUUCAUUCUUAAGCAGCAUGGAAACUCUCACUGUUUCCAGCCUUGCCUAGAUGAAGCUGAAUUCCUUAAAAUGUCGUUUUCCCUCCAAAUAUCUUCAGGUCAAGAAGAACUAAAUAUAGUUGGUAACGGCAGACUCACAGUCUUAAACAGAUCUGGGUCAGCUGCUUUACACAGAAACAUAUAAACACAACAGAUGUUAUUUUAUUUUAAGAGCAUUGUACUACUACUUUGCUUUUGUAUUUAAUAUUUAACAUUAUUAUGAAGCUAUUUUUGUAA